CCCGGAAGUGAGAGCGUGCGGGGGAGCGGCGGGCGAGGCGCGUCGCGUUGGGGCGGGGCGGCGGAGAGGUGCUGGCGGGCUGGCGGGCGUCCGGGAGGGGAGCCGGCCGGGGACCGGUGGCGCGCGGCGGCCGAGGUCCAGUUGCAGGAGGUGCAUGCCCACCAAUGAGGCAUGCUGAAGCCAGGAGGACUGCAAGAUGAGUGUGCAAGAGGCUGGCAGCUUAGGCCGUCGGCAGCAGGCCACCUACCACCUGCACAUCUAUCCGCAGCUGUCCAGCACUGGGAGCCAGGCCUCAUGCUGUGUGACCGCCACCAAGGAUAGCACAACGACCGACAUCAUCAGAGAUGUGGUGGCUAGCCUGCACCUAGAUGGUUCAAAGCGCUACGUGCUGGUGGAAGUGAAGGAGUCAGGCGGGGAGGAGUGGGUGUUGGAUGCCAGCGAUUUGCCGGUGCACCGUGUACUGCUGUGGCCACGACGCGCUCAGGAUGAGCACCCGCAGGAGGAUGGCUACUACUUCGUACUGCAGGAGCGCAAUGCCGAUGGCAGCAUUCAGUACCUGCACAUGCAGCUGCUGGCCCAGCCCACAGCUGCACGGCGCCUGGUGGAGCGUGGGCUGUUGCCGAGACCUCAAGCCGACUUUGAUGACCUGUGCAACCUGCCAGAGCUGACCGAAGCCAACCUGCUGCAGAACCUGAAGCUGCGCUUCAUGCAGCACAAGAUCUACACAUACGCAGGCAGCAUCCUGGUGGCCAUCAACCCCUUCAAAUUCCUGCCCAUCUACAACCCCAAGUAUGUGAAGAUGUAUGAGAACCAGCAGCUGGGCAAGCUGGAGCCGCAUGUGUUUGCACUGGCUGACGUGGCCUACUAUGCCAUGUUGCGCAAGCGCGUGAACCAGUGCAUUGUCAUCUCGGGUGAGAGUGGCUCUGGCAAGACACAGAGCACCAACUUCCUCAUCCACUGCCUCACUGCGCUCAGCCAGAAGGGCUAUGCUAGUGGCGUCGAGAGGACCAUCCUGGGUGCAGGGCCCGUGCUGGAGGCUUUUGGGAACGCCAAGACGGCCCACAACAACAACUCUAGCCGUUUCGGGAAGUUCAUCCAAGUCAACUACCUGGAGAGUGGCAUCGUGAGGGGAGCCGUUGUGGAAAAAUACCUGCUUGAAAAGUCUCGCCUGGUUUCCCGAGAGAAGGAUGAGCGGAACUACCACGUGUUUUAUUAUCUGCUGCUGGGUGUCAGCGAGGAGGAGCGCCAGGAAUUCCAGCUGAAGCAGCCGCAAGACUAUUUCUACCUCAAUCAGCAUAACUUGAAUAUUGAAGAUGGAGAAGACCUCAAACAUGACUUUGAAAGGCUUCAGCAGGCCAUGGAAAUGGUGGGCUUCCUACCUGCCACCAAGAAACAGGUCUUCUCCGUCCUCUCAGCCAUCCUGUACCUGGGCAACGUGACUUAUAAGAAGAGAGCUACAGGCCGGGAUGAAGGCUUGGAGGUCGGGCCCCCUGAGGUGUUGGACACCCUGUCCCAGCUCCUGAAGGUGAAGCGGGAGACCCUGGUGGAGGUCCUGACCAAAAGAAAAACGGUGACGGUCAAUGAUAAGCUCAUCCUGCCUUACAGCCUCAGUGAGGCCAUAACUGCCCGGGACUCCAUGGCCAAGUCCCUGUACAGCGCCCUGUUUGACUGGAUCGUGCUGAGGAUCAACCACGCCCUCCUCAACAAGAAGGACAUGGAAGAGGCUGUUUCUUGCUUGUCCAUUGGCGUCCUAGACAUCUUCGGGUUUGAAGACUUUGAACGGAAUAGCUUCGAGCAGUUCUGCAUCAACUAUGCCAAUGAGCAGCUGCAGUACUACUUCACACAGCACAUCUUCAAGCUGGAGCAGGAGGAGUACCAGGGUGAGGGCAUCUCAUGGCACAACAUCGACUACACUGACAAUGUGGGUUGUAUCCACCUCAUCAGCAAGAAGCCCACUGGCCUCUUCUACCUGCUGGACGAGGAGAGCAACUUUCCCCAUGCCACCAGCCACACCUUGCUGGCCAAGUUCAAGCAGCAGCACGAGGACAAUAAGUACUUCCUGGGCACACCAGUUCUGGAGCCCGCCUUCAUCAUCCAGCACUUCGCAGGCAGAGUGAAAUACCAGAUCAAGGACUUCCGGGAGAAGAACAUGGACUACAUGCGGCCCGACAUCGUGGCACUACUGAGGGGCAGUGACAGCUCCUAUGUGCGCCAGCUCAUUGGCAUGGACCCAGUAGCUGUGUUCCGCUGGGCUGUGCUUCGGGCCGCCAUCAGGGCCAUGGCUGUUCUGCGGGAGGCUGGGCGCCUGCGUGCGGAGAGAGCUGAGAAGGCAGCAGCAGGUAUAAGUAGCCCUGGCACUCGAAGUCACACGGAAGAGCUACUGAGAGGAGCCAACACCCCUUCAGAAAAACUGUACCGCUGCGCAGGGCUAGAUUUCUCCUUUGAGCGCUCUGAGGAGUUGGAUGUUAACGCUUUUGAAGACAUCAUGGCUUUCUAUGAGAGCAGGAACGAUUUGCAUAACCAAAUCAUCAAGAGCCUCAAAGGACUGCCAUGGCAGGGCGAGGACCCGCGGAGGCUUCUCCAGUCCCUCAGUCGACUCCAGAAGCCCCGCACCUUCUUCCUGAAGAGUAAAGGUAUCAAACAAAAGCAGAUCAUUCCCAAGAACCUGCUGGAUUCCAAGUCCCUGAGGUUCAUCAUCAGCAUGACACUACACGACCGGACCACCAAGUCUCUGCUGCACCUGCACAAGAAGAAGAAGCCACCCAGCAUCAGUGCACAGUUCCAGACAUCUCUUAACAAACUGUUGGAGGCGCUGGGCAAGGCUGAGCCCUUCUUCAUCCGCUGCAUCCGCUCCAAUGCCGAGAAGAAGGAACUUUGUUUUGAUGACGAGCUGGUUCUGCAGCAGCUGCGCUAUACGGGCAUGCUGGAGACCGUGCGCAUCCGGCGCUCCGGCUACAGCGCCAAGUACACCUUCCAGGACUUCACGGAGCAGUUUCAGGUGCUGCUGCCCAAGGAUGUCCAGCCCUGCAGGGAAGCCAUCGCUGCCCUGCUGGGGAAGCUGCAGGUGGAUGGCCGGAACUACCAGAUCGGGAGGACGAAGGUCUUCCUGAAGGAGACAGAGCGGCAGGCCCUGCAGGAGAGGCUGCAUGGUGAGGUCCUUCGCAGGAUCCUGCUGCUGCAGAGCUGGUUCCGUAUGGUGCUGGAACGCAGACACUUUUUGCAGAUGAAGAACGCUGCCCUAGCCAUCCAGGCCUGCUGGCGGUCCUACUGUGUACGCCGGGCGCUGGAGAGGAUGCAGGCUGCUGUGUACCUGCAGGCCACCUGGAGGGGCUACGUGCAGCGGCAGGCCUACCACCGCCAGAGGCAUAGCAUCAUCCGCCUGCAGAGCCUGUGCCGUGGCCACCUGCAGCGCCGGAGCUUCAGCCGGAUGGUGUCAGAGAAGCAGAAGGCAGAGGAGCAAGCCAGGGAAGCUGCAGGAGCAGACACAUCAGAGGGUGGGCUAAGUCCUAUGGCCGCCAGGGAACAGCUGUCUGAGCAGCCUGUGGAGCAGACCGAGGACCCUGAGAGUCUGCCUGUGGAGGCUGAAACCUGGAUAAAUGACAGGUCCCCAGUUGGUAUGUCCCCACCUAAGAAGGAGGCACCCAGCCUGGAGAAGGGGUUCCCAGUCCAAGAAACCGUGCCAACCGGAAGUCCUGAGAAAGUCCCCAGCAGCCGGGAGAAGCGAGAGUCACGGCGGCAGCGAGGAUUGGAGCACGUUGAGUUACAGAACAAACACAUCCAGUCCUGCCAGGAGGAGAGCAGCACCCCCAGAGAACCUUCCAGAAGGGCCAGCCCGGAAACAGAGGAGAGCUUCCCUGAGGACACAAAGGGACCCAGGGAAGAUAGACUGCCCUUGGUGCCAGGGACUGAGGCCACAGCCCCCUCUCCGCUAAAGCAGGCGCAGGUUAUGGGAGCCCCAACUGGAAGCUCUGGUCCCAGUCCUGUGCAGAGGCCCACCAGCCUGACCCUAGACAGUUGGGUCAGCCCUAUGAUCUCCAUCAGCACCCCUGAAUCUCCCAAGGAUAAGGGCAAGAGUGCAAAUAACCCCAAGGCUCAGGACAAGCCCGAGAGUCCUGGUGGCUCCACCCAGAUCCAACGAUACCAACACCCAGACACAGAACGCCUGGCCACAGCUGUGGAGAUAUGGCGAGGCAAGAAGCUGGUGGCCACUGCUGGCACCAGUGGCAUGCUGAGCCAAUCCCUGGACCUGAGUGAGAAGCACCGGGCUGCAGGGGCAGCCCUGACUCCCACAGAGGAGAGGUGCACCUCCUUCUCCACCAGUGACGUCUCCAAGCUGUGCCCAGUCAAGGUACAGACUUCAGCUGAAAUCGAUGGGGAUCUGAGCACAAAGAAGUCAACCAUCCACAAAAAGAAGUCAGGAGAUGUGUCUGCUGGUCCUGAUACAGGCCUGUCUCCAGGCUCCCAGGGUGACUCUAAGUCUGCCUUUAAGCGGCUCUUCUUGCACAAAGCCAAGGAUAAGAAGCCCAGCCUGGAGGGGAUGGAGGAUACAGAGGCCAGUGGAGGGCAGGCCACACAGGAAGCCCCCGCCAAGAAGAGUCUAGAAGCACCUGCUGGUCAGCAGCACCGCCACACUGCAGGCGAGAAGCCCCUGAAAGGAAAGAAGAACCGAAACCGAAAGGUUGGCCAGAUCACAGUGUCCGAGAAGUGGCGGGAGUCAGUAUUCCACAAGAUCACCAAUGCCAAUGAGCUCAAGUUUCUGGAUGAGUUUCUCCUCAACAAGGUGAAUGACCUUCGUUCACAGAAGACACCCAUCGAGAGCUUGUUCAUUGAGGCCACCGAGCGUUUCAGGAGCAAUAUUAAGACCAUGUACUCUGUGCCUAACGGGAAGAUCCAUGUAGGCUAUAAGGACCUGAUGGAAAACUACCAGAUCGUUGUCAACAAUCUGGCCACCGAGCGUGGGGAGAAGGACACCAACCUGGUCCUCAAUGUCUUCCAGUCCUUGCUGGAUGAGUUCACCCGAAGCUACAGCAAGACAGACUUUGAGCCAGCCAAGAGCAAAGCCCAGAAGAAGAAGCGGAAGCAGGAGCGUGCCGUCCAGGAGCACAAUGGACAUGUGUUCGCCAGCUACCAAGUGAACAUCCCACAGUCGUGUGAGCAGUGUCUGUCCUACAUCUGGCUCAUGGACAAGGCUCUGCUGUGCAGUGUGUGCAAGAUGACCUGCCACAAGAAGUGUGUGCACAAGAUUCAGAGCUACUGUUCCUACACGGGAAGGAGGAAGAGUGAGCCAGGUGCUGAGCCAGGCCACUUCGGGGUGUGUGUGGACAGCCUGACCAGCGACAAGGCCUCUGUGCCCAUUGUGCUGGAGAAGCUGCUGGAGCACGUGGAGCUGCAUGGGCUGUAUACAGAGGGCCUCUACCGAAAAUCGGGUGCGGCCAACCGGACUCGGGAGCUUCGGCAGGCACUGCAGACAGACCCCGCUGCAGUUAAGCUGGAAGACUUCCCCAUCCACGCCAUCACUGGGGUCCUGAAGCAAUGGCUGCGGGAGCUGCCUGAACCGCUUAUGACUUUUGCCCAGUAUGGAGACUUCCUCAGGGCUGUCGAGCUACCAGAGAAGCAGGAGCAGCUGGCUGCCAUCUAUGCAGUCCUGGACCACCUGCCUGAGGCCAACCACACCUCUCUGGAGCGACUCAUCUUCCACCUUGUCAAGGUUGCCCUGCUUGAGGAUGUGAACCGCAUGUCUCCAGGAGCUCUAGCCAUCAUCUUUGCGCCCUGUCUGCUGCGCUGCCCUGAUAACUCCGACCCCCUGACCAGCAUGAAGGAUGUACUAAAGAUCACCACGUGUGUGGAGUUGCUCAUCAAAGAACAGAUGAGGAAGUAUAAAACGAAGAUGGAGGAGAUCAACCAGCUGGAGGCAGCUGAGAGCAUUGCAUUCCGCAGGCUCUCCCUGUUGCAACAAAAUGCUCUAUGGCCUAUCAAACUGGGGUUUUCGUCCCCCUAUGAGGGGAUCCGGACCAAAAGCCCUGGGGCCCCAGUGGUACAGGAUUGUAGCCUGGAGGAGCUGGAGGCCCUAUCUGAGGAGGCAGCAGGUGGUGAUGAGGACAGAGAAAAGGAGAUUCUCAUGGAGCGGAUUCAGUCCAUCAAGGAAGAGAAGCAAAACAUCACAUACCGGCUGCCUGAGCUGGACCCACGGGGCUCUGAUGAGGAGAAUCUGGACUCAGAGACUUCAGCCAGCACUGAGAGCCUGCUGGAGGAGAGGGUCGCUCGGGGCUCCAUGGAAGGGCCUCCCGCACCUGCUCUCCCUUGUCCCAGUGUGCCCACCCCGAACCCCCUCCCUGUGGCUGCUGCCCCUCCACGACGAAGGCCGACAUCCUUCAUCAUGGUCAGAAUGAAGACACCCCGGAGGACCCCUGUCAUGCCCAUGGCCAACAUCAAGCUCCCACCAGGCCUGCCCUCUCAUGUGACGAGCUGGGCACCUACUCUUCAGGAGGCCGCUGUUCCGGUGAGGCGCAGAGAGCCACCUGCCCGCCGACAGGACCAGGUACAUUCUGUAUACGUCACCCCCGAGGCUGGCCUGCCCUUGCAGAGCACCCUGGAACCCCUGGACCACAAUACCAGACUUGCUGGGGCCAAACGCAGGUACUCGGAUCCCCCUACCUACUGCCUGGCCCCCAGCUCUGGCCAGGCCAAUGGCUGAGGACCACGAUGGGCAGUCUGUAUGUCCUAGAACCCCAGAUCUGGGUGCCCUGGGUGCCCUGGCUGUGGAGCUGGCCUUGACUCUCUGAGAAGGAUCCAGAAUGAAAGGCUCCCAGAGGGAUGAGAUGGACACUGGCUCUGUGUGUCAUGGAGACCAGGGUCUGAUGGCCAGGAGCCACCAGAGCCCCCCCCCAUCUGCACAGCAGUGGCCCUUUAUAUUUUUAGUAACUCUUUCUCCGUUUACAUACCUUUUAUGUCAUAACAGCCUUAAUGGAGGACCAAACUUUUUGUAUGUGUACGUCUGGCUUUUAUAUUAACUCUGUACACCUCUGUAACCUGGACGUGGGCAUGCCAUGCCUGUGAUAUGGACAUGUCGACCACAUCUGGCUGCUGCACUCCACACCAGAGGACAGAGGACUCCUGGGGCAUCUUUUGCCCUCCUGAAUGCCUCCCAGCAGUGGCUGUCUGGCCAGAGAACCUUGCAGCAAUUGUUGGAGCUUUCCACAGGGUCACAGCUAUUGGCUGAAGAUAGGGCAGGAGUGGGAAGCCCUGUCAACCUUCAUUCCAGAGAAGCCUGAAUGUAGCCCACAGCUCUGCCCUCUGUGUCUUGGUCCAGGUGCAGAGCACUGCCCUUGGUGCCACCUGCCCUGUGGGAUGCGAGGAGCGAGGGACUCCUGGCUGUUGAGGGGAUGUUGAGGGGCAGUCAGUGCAUGUCCUGAAGUUCCUCUGCAGCCCUGGGGAUACUUUGGGCCCUCUAGAGCCCAGUUCUCUUCUCAGGCUCUCUAACCCUGGACACCUGGCCACCAGCCUGAAACCAAGGAAGCCCUGUGGAAGGUGUGAAAUAAAAGUGCUUUAGAAGUGUU